AUUCACAUCCACCCAUUGAGAAGAGCAUCAGCCCCUCCUGCACAGCUGUGUGUCUUAUUCUCUGUCGAGUAACCUCACCGUGCCUUUUGACAGUAGAGCUCUUUCUCCUCGUUGUGUCCAUCUUUAUUCCCUGCAGCUCGUGUGUCUCAGCACCAGCGUGUAUCUUGUGUAACAUGCAGAAGAGAAGGAAGCCAGAGCCGAUCCAACUCAACCCAAUCCCCGAUGGAAACACUAUCAAUGGCACCGGAGCCACAGAAACAAACUUGGAGGCCCUGCAGAAGAAACUCGAGGAGCUCGAGUUGGAUGAGCAGCAGCGAAAACGUCUGGAGGCCUUUCUGACACAGAAGCAGAAGGUGGGCGAGCUGAAGGACGAUGACUUUGAGAAGAUCUGUGAGCUCGGUGCCGGCAACGGGGGAGUCGUCUUCAAGGUCUCUCACCGACCCUCAGGUCUGAUCAUGGCGAGGAAGCUGAUCCACCUGGAGAUCAAGCCAGCCAUCAGGAACCAGAUCAUUAGGGAGCUGCAGGUGCUGCAUGAGUGUAACUCCCCCUACAUUGUGGGCUUCUACGGAGCUUUCUACAGCGAUGGAGAAAUCAGCAUCUGCAUGGAGCAUAUGGACGGUGGCUCCCUGGACCAGUCGCUGAAGAAGGCAGGCAAGAUCCCCGAGCAAAUCCUUGGCAAAGUCAGCAUCGCUGUCAUUAAGGGGCUUUCAUACCUGAGGGAGAAACACAAGAUCAUGCACAGAGAUGUCAAGCCUUCUAACAUCCUCGUGAAUUCCCGCGGUGAGAUCAAGCUGUGUGACUUUGGAGUGAGCGGACAGCUCAUAGACUCCAUGGCUAACUCCUUUGUGGGCACCCGCUCUUACAUGUCUCCGGAGCGUUUACAGGGCACCCAUUACUCAGUUCAGUCAGACAUCUGGAGUAUGGGUCUGUCCCUGGUUGAAAUGGCCAUUGGACGCUUCCCUAUCCCUCCACCUGAUGCUAGGGAGCUUGAACAGAUUUUUGGCUACCCAGUGGAAGGAGAGGCAGCCUGCGGCGAGUCCUCCCCAAAGCCACAGCCCCCCGGGCGACCAGGCAGCUCAUACGGUACAGACAGACCACCGAUGGCAAUAUUUGAGCUGCUUGAUUACAUAGUAAAUGAGCCCCCACCCAAGCUGCCCGGGAUAUUCAGCUCUGAAUUUCAAGACUUUGUGAACAAAUGUUUGGUGAAGAAUCCUGCAGAGAGAGCCGACCUUAAACAGUUGAUGGUGCAUUCUUUUAUCAAACAGUCAGAGGCAGAGCAGGUGGACUUUGCAGGCUGGUUGUGCAGUACCAUUGGACUCAACCAGCCUUUGACACCCACUCACGGUACAGCAAUGUGAGGCCUGAUGCGUGUACAGCAAACUCCAUAACCCAAGAUUCUCUGAUGACUGGAUUUUUAUCAUGGAUAAAAUGUAUCAGUUUAUACCAAGUACUGAAUAGGUUUAAAAGUUGUGCCAUUAAUAGUUGUAUAUUUAGUGUACAAACCUACAUGCCAAGUGAAAUUACUAAUAUGUAUUCAAUAAGGCUACAUUACAGGCCUUCCUGAAAGCCAUCUUUUUCUAAUGAUCAAAUUAUUUAACCAUAACAAAUGCUGCUCAACCUGUGUGCUUGAUUUACCUCUGCCUCGUGUCCUUACAGCGCCAAGAUUAUAGUCUUUGUUAGCUUUUGUGAAAUAAAUAGUGUUGUGAAUCAAAUU